UUACACAAACUACCGCUUGGAGCAGACAGCUCUCCUGAGGACUCUCUUUGUGGUGAGGAUGAAUUGUCCAUAAGUGAGAAGAAAAAUUUAGGGCAGAUGUCAGCGGGUGGUGUUUCUAAGCACACUGAGCAUAAACCCAAAUUAGGUACCACAUACCAGAAGAAGUGGCUUCCAUGUGGUUUGAAAGAUGGUUCUUCUAAUGUCAGGACAUAUCAGCAAGGAACAAAUUCACCAGAUGGUGUAGGCAGUGGAUCAAAACAAUCCAAGUGCUUAGUUACUUCAGAUUCAGCUUAUAAACAGGAUUUUCCGCCAUUGUCUGGGCAUUCAGGUUCUGAGGGCUUGGAUGGGGGGAGAAUUCAGAUUGAGCAAACCUUAGGUGGGAAGACUGCUGAUGUUAAUACAUUACAUCAUGACUUCUGAAACAAAUUGACAAUUUCCGGUUCACAGAGUGAGAUUCAGCUGCCCUCCCAAUCUGUUAAAAAGGAUGAGCCUGACCACCCAAGCAAGAGUCCAAAAAGCUCUACUGGCCAUAAUAAUUCAAAGCAUUCUGGACACUCAGCUGAUGUUAUUACAUUACAUCAUGACUUCUCAGAUAAAUUGAUAAUUUCCGGCUUGCAGAGCGAGACUCAGCUGCCCUCCCAAUCUGCUAAAAAGAAUGAGCCUGCCCCAAGCAAGGGUCCAAAGCAUUCUGAACACUCAGCUGAUGUUAUUACAUUACAUCAUGACUUCUCAGACAAAUUGAUAAUGUCUGGUCUGCAGAAUGAGACUCAGCUGCCCUCCCAUUCUGCUAAAAUGGAUGACCCUGCCCCAAGCAAGGGUCCAAAAAGUUCAACUGUCCAUAAUAAUUCAAAGUAUUCUGAACACUCUGUAGUGCUUGACCCUUUCGAUAUCUGCCGUCCCAAAAUUGUGACUUCUGUUACCCUAAAACCUUCUCUACAUGCAAUGAAUAGACAAAAACAAAAUGAAAUCAAACGGUCUAUUGAAGGACAAAAUGGAAUUGUGUUAGGGAUGAUUCAUUUAAAGGGUUACAUUUCCUUAAGAGAUCAGGUCAUGAUAGUAAAAUCAUGCCGAGACCUUGGUUUGGGUCCUGGAGGUUUCUACCAACCUGGUUACCGUGAUGAAGGAAAACUGCAGUUGAGGAUGAUGUGCCUUGGUAAGAAUUGGGACCCUGAGGCAAGGAAAUAUGGAAACGACCGGCCAUAUGAUGGUGCCAAACCACCCGUUAUACCUGAUAAUUUGUAUCAGUUAGUCAAAAAGGCAAUCACUGAUUCCCAUUCCAUUAUUCAGAAAAAUUCUAAAGCUAGCAAUGUAGAAAACAUACUCCCCUGGAUGUCACCAGACAUUUGUCUUGUAAAUUUCUACACAGUGAACGGCCGAUUGGGUCUCCAUCGGGAUUGCGACGAAAGCGAAGGAACUCUUGAUAAAGGAUUACCUGUGGUAUCUUUUUCCAUUGGUGACUCAGUAGACUUCUUAUAUGGGGAUCAGAGAGAUGAAGACAAAGCAGAGAAGGUUAAGUUAGAAUCAGGAGAUGUUCUAAUAUUUGGUGGGAAAUCUAGGCAUAUUUUUCAUGGUGUUACUGCCAUUCACCCAAACACCACCCCGAAGACUCUGCUUGAAGAAACAAAUCUUCGUCUUGGUCGGUUGUUUAUUUAUAAAAAUAAUGACUUUAUUCUCAUUUAAAGUGGUUGACUUAUGACAGUCCCCCCAAACUUCGCAUUUGGAGGCAUGCCAGUUUGUUGCAGAUGAUCAUACGGCACAAUAAUGCCUUCGUAUUGUUCAAUGGCUUGAAGGUUUAGCCUCCAAAGCACUUGACUUGGAAAGCAAGGUGAUCAGCUUUGUGUGCAUCAUUUUUAAAAUAUAUAAAUUGGUUAGAAGUGUUAAUUGUUAAUUUGUUUGACAGUGGACCACUUGCUAGACAGUAUUUCUUGUCUUUCUUAUUGGCU